CAAACUUAGUAUUAGAUAAUAAUAGUACAAAUCAAAAAGAUCGUUAUUGUUUAAAACAAAUUAAUCUAAAAAAUGAUGAAUGGGAUAUGAUUUUAUUAUUAAUUAUAAUUCUAAAACCUUUUGCUAAAGCUACUAAUCUAUUAGGAG